AUGCAAUUUUUCGCGCCUUCUCUCCUCCUUGCCCUCGCUUCUACUGCGUUCGCUGACGAUCUCUGGAGUGUUGUCACCUACGCCGAAGCUGACUGUGCUGGAAGCGGAGGCAGCGGCUCGAACACUAUUUCGACGGGUUCCUAUUGUAAGGACGUGAGUGGGAUCAAAAGUCUCAAAGGAUCUGCUUCUCCCAAUAAGAUUACCGCAUGGAGCGGUUCUGACUGUUCCGGAACCUCGUGGUCUGUCGAUGAUGGCAAAUGCUUCACCGGAAGCAUCGGCUCUUGGCAAGAUUCUUAA